AUGGACAAGCUGUCAGGAAAUGAAGACACAAUUCCCGAAGACGUAACUGAAGAUGCAUUUUUUUUCAAAGCAUCAAGCAAUUCGUCUUUCAAAGAAAAUUUCGUCAAGUUUGAUGUUACUGCUGUAAUUAACUGUUUGCCCAAACCAGAAGAAUGCAUGUCUGUUGAUGUUAGCAAGAAGAUGAGAUGGCAUUCGCCACAUCUGGGUCAUUUCGCACAUUCAGGAUGCAGUGCAUCGGAUGAUGGUAAAGAUGAGUAUACCUUUCAUGACAUGCCGGAUCUAGUAAUGGAAUGUAUUUUUCGAUCACUCAAUCUUCGGGAUCGUUGUAUAGCAUCUCAGGUUUUGAAAUGUUAUUGCGUUGAUACAGUAGACCAGUUAUUAAUCGCAUUACUGCAUUGUCGAAUAAUAAAUAGUGUCAAAAUAUGGUUCGCUGACAGCAUUUUUGCUGAAAGAAUAUUAAGGAAACUGAAACAAGCUAAAGUUAGAAUGAGGUGCUUGGAUUUGUAUCCAUAUGGUACAGAAAAAGCACUGAAAGAAGCUUUUAGUUUUUUUCCCGAACUUACGGGCAUGACUAUGCGUCCGCAUGGUCAACAAUUUUUUUGGAGCGGAUUGAAUAUGGAUUGGUUUCCUACAUUUUCUAAAUUGGACACACUUCUUUUAGAUGGAUUUAAUAUAAGACCAGAAGUUAGUUUGCCACAAAGUCUCACAACAUUGGAGUGGCUGAAUCGAAGUGGAAAUUUUUCACAUGUUAUUCCAAAAUUAAGUAGUUUGGUGAAUUUGGAAUAUCUGAUGCUAGGACAUGCGGAAUUUUUACUCCCUGACGAAUUUGACUCAUUUUUACAAGUGAUCAGCUCAGAAAAUAUACCAAAAUUACAGUACCUUGUAUUUCGGUAUUGCAAAAUUCAAUUAAAUCAUACGCCUGAUGCUUUUUACAAAUCAAGUAGUAACACUGGAAGAAAUGUGUUCGGAAGCAACAUUGAGGCGGUUGCUAAACUUAAUUCGUUACAAAUCCUUAAGUUGGAUUUAUGCAACUUAGAUCUGGACUUAACUGUGCGGCGAAUUAUUGCGCAUACAGGAUCAGCAAUGAGAGUAGUGUCUGUAAAUGUGAUCAGCGAAGAAACUAACUGCGAAAAAAUUUAUCAUUUAUCAUCACUGAUUGCGGAAAAGAAACUCUCCCUUCAUUUUGGACUAUUACAAAAAGAUAUGAGGGAUGCCUCAAAUAGAAGAAUUUCAUGGAAGUCUCCUCCUGCAUCGUUUGGAAGUGUUCUUGCUCGAUUCGAAGCAUCAUUUGUUACUGAUGCAUCCCUUCUAAAAACUUUGUUACUCACUCAUCCUUUACCACAAUUAACAGAUUUAAAAUUUAUUCAAGUGUCAUCUAUAACUUCUCAAAUACUGCAGCAUAUUUCAUUGACUGCUGUACUUUUACGAAAGUUGUCUAUCAUAAACUGUUGCGAAGAUGAGUUGGAUGUUGGUAUUUCCCAACUAAUCUUCGGUUUCCAAAAUAUUCUGUCGAAAUCACUUCAGGUUAUAUGGAAACGGAAACUUAAUCAGUCGUACUCAUUAUACGACACAUUAAUCAAAGAUCGAUUGAGUUUCAUUAAACCUUUUAAAAUCCAUAUCAUUCGAAAGAAAUUCGCUGCGAACAGACAAGGGGAAAAAAUUGUGAUUUGGGAAUCCGAAACAGGAAGAUCAAUGCAUUUACAAGAUUUUGAUAGUAACGAUCAGGGUCGAAUAUUAGGUAUUUUAAUGCCUCCUGAUUGCGAUCUACAAUUCAUGGAAGGCAAUGGAUGCACAUCUAGCGUUCAAUUUUAA